AUGGUGGAUAACCUAGAUGAUAUAGGUGACGUUCUCCAAGCCGCGAUCAAGUACGACGUCCUACUCGCUGCCAAUAUCAUGAGGAAAUGCGCUAUGGAGUACAAGAAUGACAAUCCUGUAAAGGUCUACAGCAUCGCAUGCUCGAACCACAUCGAGGAGAUGGCACGAGAGGCUGCGCAGGCGGCCCUACAAAUCCCCUUCGACCGCCUACUAAUCACUGAUCACGUGAAAGGCCUCACAGCCGGAGAACACUCCCGACUCGUACGUUUCCAUCUAUCCAGCGGGGAGGUCCCAAGUAACUUCAUAUUCUGUUCGUCGUCACACUCUACGACGACCAGUCUGGACACGCCACUUGUCAUGGAUGACACCCCUACUGCCCAUGAUGACUUUCCCACAGAUCGUGUCUCGAUGUCUGUCCAUCUCAGCUUAUUCAAGACAGUGCCCACUGAUGUCGUGCUGCUCUCGUCGGACCACGUGAAGUUCAGCGCUCAUCGAGCGGUCUUGAUGAUAUCUUCUUCCGUCUUGGAACAGUUAUUAACAUCUACCAUACCAUCUGGAUGUAGCUGUUCCGUCGACGCAGAGGCGGAUCGACAUCUCGUGCAUCUACCGGAGAGCAGCUCCACUAUCGAACUUCUCUUGAGACUUUGCUACGCCGGACGCUCCCGUGACGCCAUCGCUAUUGAGGACGUCCCCGAGGCCAUGUUGUUUGCAGCCGUCGCCCAACAGUACAAAAUCAAUAUUGACCCACUUCUACCCACUAUAUUGGCACUCGUCGACACUGAUCCCAUCCGUUCCUAUUUUCUUGCUCAGCUGCACAAGAUGGACAUAUAUGCGAUUCAGGCAGCAAGGACGAUCGUUUGCAGCCGAUUGGGGCCUCUUGGUUCUUGGGAUCAGUGGAAAGGAGUACAGGAGAUGGAAAAUGUCCCUGCUCUGGCGCAUGUUCAUAUUUUGUUAUACCGAGUCAGGGUAUAUCGCCGGUGCACAAAAACAACGACGACGACGGACCAUCAGGUAAUAGCCAACGUCAUCCAAUGUACUCCUUGCGUCAAGAAAUUGGACACGACGAACCCAUGUUGGUGGCGUAGAGAGCGGUGGGAGAGCGCCUUGAAGGAGUACAUGUCCAAACGUAAACCAGCGAUUCUCAGUACAAAGCUAUUCGACCCCGUUGCAGUCUAUGGGAAUGCGGUCGAACAACUCGUUUCCAACAACGAACUCUGUUCUUCUUGCAGAGAGCCGAAGGCCCUCGCAAGAUUGAUGGAAGUGGCGAAAAUCCUUACCGAGGCUGCGGAGAAGAGGUUCCUUGAUUCUGAAGUCCCAGUGUGCGAGGAGGUGUUGGUGCUUGCUUCGGAACUUGCAUGGGUGUAA